UUAUCCGUGUUUAAUUAUAUAAUUGUAAUAUUUACUCAUCGAUAUUUGACAUUUAUACAUCAAUUUCUGUCGAUAAAAAUUCAUACCGUCGGAUAAAUUGACCAAAGGAACACCGAGUGCGAAUAGCAACUACGUGCGAUCGUAUAUUUUUCGUGUUUCCUUAUUUUCCUGUCGCGUGUGAUUAAUGCUGAGGUGUUAUACAAAGUGCCACGAAGUGUCGUCAAUCAUUCCACGGAGUUUGGUCAAUCAUGCCACGAAACGGUACGUAACGAUGAUACGCUGAGACGCGAGGCCCCGAGCGUCGAGAAUGGAGCACACCGGGCGAGUACUGUGCUCCGCGCUGCUCGUCCUGUCGGCGCUGCACUGCGCGACGUCGACGCACCUCGGAGAUGUGUUCGCGCAGCAGGCCGACGAGCCGUCGAGGAUCGGCUGGCUCUUCUCCGACGGCGCCGCUCGGGCCAGGAGGAUCCAGCGAGCCGUGUACGAUCGCAAGAGGGAGUCCGAGGACGACGGCUCGCCGAAGAUCAUCGACAGCCAGUGCCGCAACAAGCUUAACCGGCUCUGCGGGGACAUAGACAAGAACAACGACGAGCUCAUGCUGCUCGAGUGCAUUCAGACGUUCAAGCCCACCGAGAUAUCCGGGAUCAAUCAGAAGUGCCAGGAGGCAAUCUGGUUCUACAUCCAGAACAUUACGGACAAUGAGAACAUAGAGAGGCUGGCGAGGAAGGCGUGCGGCGCGCAGCUCGACACCCUGCGCUGCUCCAGUUCCGAGAAGACUCACGGCGCUUACUUGUCUUGCCUGAUCGACAACCGGGAGAAGGUCAGCGAUCCCGACUGCAUCACCUACGUCCAGAGACUGGAGUGGAUCGCCUUCAGCGACUUCAGAAUUCUCACCCCUUUCAAGACGGACUGCGCCAACGACAUCAGGAAGUUCAAGUGCGACAGCCUGCAGCCGUACAGAGAUAUAUCGCAGGGCCAGAUACUGGCCUGCCUGCAGGAGCACGUCGAGCAGCUGCAGCACGAGUGCAGGAGGCAUAUUCUCCACGUGUCCGAGAUCCAGGCUGAAAAUAUCAAGCUGGAUCGUCAGCUGUACAUGGCGUGCACUCACGAUCGCAUCAAGUUCUGCCCCAACAUUAGACCGGGCAGCGGUCAAGUCUACAAAUGCCUAAUGAAAUAUAAAACCGACAGAUCGAUGACCGCGCAGUGUCAGGAGCAGUUGACAAGGAGAGAGAAGCUCAUUGCCUCCGACUACAAGAUUAGCAAGGGUCUGGUUAAAGCGUGCAAGGAAGAUAUCAGAAAUAAUCACUGCAGGCGGUCAGUGUCCGAGGACAAGGAGAUCAAGCUGGCGCAGAUCUUGCUUUGUCUGGAGUCGGCCAUGAAGAACGGCAGCAAAAUCGACGGGAAUUGUCAAGCGGAAAUGUUUGAUCACAGGAAACUGCUGAUGGAAGAUUACAGAUUGUCGCCGGAGAUUGUGCACAAAUGUGCCAACGAUAUUACGACUUUUUGCAACAGUCUCGAGGUCGGCGGCGCCACGAUACACUGUCUGAUGGAGCACACGAGAACGCGGAAGAAGAAAUCGAGAGUCGCGCCGGAAUGUCAAAGAGCGUUGGAGGAGUUAAUUAUGGAAGCUGACGCCGGUGAAGAUUGGAGAAUCGAUCCGGUUCUGAGAGAACAGUGUCAACCUGUGGUCAAUCUAGCUUGUAGAGACGUGCACGGUGGAGAUGCGAGAGUGAUAUCUUGCUUGAUGGAACAACUAGGAACGGAAAGGAUGACCGAGGCCUGUGAGACGGCCUUAGUGCAAAUACAAUAUUUUAUCGCAAGGGACUUCAAACUUGACCCGCAAUUGUACAGAGCGUGCAAGUUUGACGCCAUGCGUUUGUGUCACGCGAGAAGCGCGUGGGCCGGCAACGGCAAACAGAUGGACCCUGAGACUGGGCCUCUGGUGCUGCCAUGCUUGUACCGGCACGUGUACCAGAAAAAUAUGACGCUGAGAGCGGAUUGUUUGGAAGAGAUUAGAAGAGUCAUGAGGCAGCGCGCUAUGAACGUCGACUUGCAACCCGAGAUAGAAGAAGUGUGCUUUAAUGAACUGGCGAUGUUUUGUUAUGACAAAACUGCGAAGGGAGAAGAGAUUCUAUGCUUGCAGGAUAAUUUGGAGAACUUGAAAGAAAAAUGCAAGUUUGCAGUUGGAAAUUUUACCGAGGAACAAGCCGAGCGUGUCGAGUUAAAUCCCAUCAUUUCUUCCGCGUGUCAACACAUUAUGGAACGUCACUGCGAGGAAGUACUAAAAUAUGGAAAGGAUGAAGGAGACAUGAUGGAGUGUCUCAUCGAGCAUAAAAACGAGCUGGAUGCGCGCACCGAUUACAAAUGUAAAGCAGCCGUGGAACAUUUCCAGCUGAUAUCCUUGAAAAACUAUCAUUUUACGUACAAAUUUAAGGAGGCAUGCAGGCCUUACGUCAAGAGAUGGUGCCCCAAAUCAAAGACGAAAGCCGAUGUGAUAGAAUGCCUGAGCUCAAUUGUACAGGAAGAUAUAAUGAAGGAUUCUCAGCAUCGUGUGGUGAAAGAUUGCAGACAGCAACUGCGGGCACAACUUUAUCAACAGCGAGAGAACAUCCACUUUGAUCCUGUUCUACAAGCGACCUGUGCAACGGACAUCAAACAGUUCUGUUUUAAUGUGGAACCCGGCAAUUCGCAGGUAUUAGAAUGUUUGGCGUCGCACAAAUCUAAACUAUCGGACAUGUGUCAUAAACAGCUGUUCAAAGUAAGGAAACAGGAGUUUCAAGAUAGCUCAAGUGAUGUUCCUUUGUUGAGCAUCUGCCGAGCCAUGAUCAAACAAUACUGCCAUGAUGUGAGCAAGUCACAAACUUUGGAUUGCCUUAAGAGAUACAAGGACGAGCUCACUUUCGACGAUAAGUGCAAAAAUAUUGUGGUCCGACGAAUGAUUGAGCAAAACACGGAUUAUAGGUUUAACACUGCAUUGCAAAAUGCGUGCGGCUAUGACAUCGAUAGGCAUUGCAAAGAGGUGUUGAUACAUGAACGCACCGACAAAGAACUCGAAGGGAAGGUAAUUAGAUGUUUGAAGAUCAGAUUUCGGGAAUCGAAGCUGACGACUAAAUGCGAGCUUCAAAUGGCUAAUAUUCUCAGAGAGGCGGCUUUAAAUUACCAUUUAAAUCCAUUAUUAGCAACGAUGUGCGCGCAUGAGAUUGAAACUAUAUGCCGGUCGGACGAAAACGAGCCUGGUGCUGUCGAGGAGUGUCUCAAAAGGAAAUUCAAUGCCGGAAAUCGAGAUAUGAGGGAAGAGUGUCGUUUGGAAGUUGCAGAUCUGAUAGAACAAACCAAAGCUGACAUCAACGUGGAUCCCUUGUUGCAGAAAGCCUGUGCCGUGGAUAUCAGCAAAUAUUGCAGUGCUGUACCUCAAGGCGCGGGAAGACAUAUAAUGUGCUUGCAAAAUGCGCUGGAGGACAGCAACAAAUCCUUGCAGCCCGACUGCUACAAGAUGCUAACUACAAGGAUGGAAAUGUUUAAAAAUGCUGCCAAGCUGAUCGCGCCAAACACGUUCGAGGAGUUAUACUCGACGGUGAAUCGUUCCCCAGCGCGUCGUUACUUCAUGAUCGUCGGCUGUACCAUGAUCGGGGUGAUCUUCAUCGUCGGUAUGUUCUGCGGCCGAGUGACCAGGCGGACGAUGAUCAUGAAGAACAAGUGACGACACAGCCGGGGCCCGUCCACUAGUGAAAUGACUCUCGUGAAAUUAGUCGAAGGAUUGCGAUAAACUGUAGCACGUGCGUCGACACGCCGUGCAAAGUUCACGACAAGAGGAAAACAGAAACAUCGGGUCUUUUUAUACCUUCGUUUACGAAGUUUUUAAAAUGUGGAUCUUUGUAUUAAUAAUCGGGGGUAUAGGCCACGGGAUUUUUGACGUGGCCAUUCGGUGCACGCGAUACUAUGCACAACGGAGAGGCGUUUAAGAAUAUACGACUAUACAUUCGAGGAUUGAACAACGCGUGUAAAGAGAUUUAAGUAUUUAGAAAUAUACUAUACGUUACUGUAAACAUUAUGAUUCCAAAAAUACAGGGUGUUUCUAGGGUUUGUAACAAGCUUCAAGAGCUCGUCGAAAGAAACGCUCUUAAGUUUCUUACAAGAAGUAACGUAGAGAAAACUAUGUUAUUUGAUAUCACGGCUUUAUAUUUCACAGAUCGGGAUCACUGCGAAAGAGAGGUACUGUAAUUCUGAGGUAGGAUCGAAGUCUGAGAUUUUUACUGAUUCUUUUUUCGAAAGAGCAAUACUCUUUGGUUUUUUGUCCAAGUGAGCGAUAUUAUAUUUUACCUUCACCUACGAGAACUUUGUUUGAAUACGAGGAAUAAAAAAAAACAGUGAGAUAAAA